AUGAGAUUGGGAAGCUGGAACAUAGGAACCUUAACGGGUAAAUUGAGGGAGUUGGCAGAUGUUUUUGCUAGAAGGAAAGUGAAUAUUGUUUGUUUGCAACAAACAAAGUGGGCUGGAGAAAAGGCCAAGGAAGUGGAUGGAACUGGUUUCAAGUUAUGGUACACAGGUACGAACAAGAGUCGAAAUGGUGUUGGAAUUAUGAUCGAUAAAAGUUUCAGAGAUAAAGUUGUGGACGUCAAAAGGAAAGGCGACAGGAUUAUUCUGGUUAAGCUUGUUGUGGGUGACUUAAUCCUGAAUAUCCUCAGUGUGUAUGCACCCCAAAUUGGAUUGCAACCAACUGAUAAAAGCCAAUUUUGGGAAGACUUGGAGGAGGUUUUGAGGGGAAUACCUAGAGAGAAGAAGAUUUUCGUAGGAGGAGAUCUAAAUGGUCAUGUUGGUAAAAGCAAUGGAGGUUUUGAUAGAAUCCAUGGAGGUUUUGGCUAUGGGACGAGAAACGAGACUGGAGAAGAUAUCUUGAAUUGCAUCUAUCUCCUGGUCUAUGUUGAUGACAUCAUUAUUACUGGCAGCGAUCAAGCUGGGAUUGAUCAGUUAAAGAAGUACUUAUUCAAUCAGUUUCUCACCAAAGAUCUUCCAAACUUCGAUGUUUCUUAA